AUGAGAGAGAUCUCGAGAUCCUACUACGACAGAGCAAGCGAGGCCGACAAGAUAUCGAUCAAACAAUCCUUUAAUAAAUUGGAUGUGGACAGCAACGGGAAGAUAAGCCUGGUGGAGUUCAAGAAAUCGGUGAGCUCGUGGCUGAGCACUGAUGCUGUGUUCGAGAAGCUCGACGAGAAUGGUGACGGAUGCCUCGAUUUCGAGGAGUUUCUGUGCCUUCACUACAUGGAGGAGAAGGUAGAGAUAGGAAAAUGCAGCGGUUGCUCGGAGCUGCUGGUGGGGCCCUACUUCUCUUGCUUGCUUUGCUUGGGAAGAGGCGAAGAUACGUAUGAUCUCUGCUGCACUUGCUACCGCCACCGCCGCAGUUCGUCGCAUGAGCACUCCUCACAGUACAUGGUGGAUCAUCACUCUCUGCUCAUGCUGUUCAGGCAUCACGUCGCCGACGAUGAAAAAGCUCGGAACAAGAAAGAAAUGGAGGAACUGCGCAAAAUCACAAAAGCCUAUUACAGAGCUGGAUCUCCACAGGUGAAAGAAUUAGCGUAUGAGUUCUUCCAAUCAAUGGACACAGAUGGAGACCAGCGAGUCGAUCUAUCCGAGUUCAUAGCCUUCAUGAGGCACGAAGGCUAUCCCUUCAUGCAAAACCGUUCAUUCUUCGAACAGCUCGACCUAGACAGUGAUGGCACCCUCAACUUCUUCGAGGUCAUGACGCUUUACUAUAUUAUUAAGAGCGGCCGGCCCUUCUGCGACUGCUGCGCCAAAUUCAUCCCCGGGAUAUUCUUCUCCUGCGUUGAGUGCUUUAACAAUCCUAAUACCUCGUUCCAUCUGUGUUGUGAUUGCUACCAGAUGGCGAAAUGCAAUCAUAAUCACGACGGUCGGUCUCAGUUCUUGGACAAUUAUGCGUUUCUGCAAGCUAUGAGAGAUCCGGGGCUUGAACGUGCGUCGGGUGCAAAUUCAAAUGAGGCAUGUGAUGAAACCACAGAUGCCAUAGUUCCAGUACAUCAUAAUAGCACUGCACAUACUCAAAAUGCAAAUGAUCCAGCACCAUCAGAUUCAAAAUGGAGUAAAUUCAAGACGACACUUGACGCCUUGGAAGUAGCAGUCAGCAUUGGGAACCUUUCCAGCACCUUGUGCACUAUCAUGUGACAAUAUGGGAAAGGCAAACAAAUUCUACAAAUGAAGUGCCAUAAAAUAUGUACUAAUUACUACCUCCGUCCACGAAAAUUUAUCUCAUUCUUCAUCUGUCCCUAAAAAUUUGUCCCAUUUCACUUUUAUCAUUUUUUGUAGUGGACCCC